GCCUCAGCUGACUGCUGUUUUUCAAGCUGGCAGGAAGUGUGCAGGGUGGAGACGGGAAAUGGGGGACAGGCUGGGGUAGGGGAGGCCAGCACCACAGAGUCCACAUGCCUUACAGAGGUGAGCAGUGAAGCAGACACACGUGCAACUCGCCAGCCCAGAUGAACGUGGUGGGACAGCAGGAAAGAGCAUACACACGCCAGGCAGGGGUCCCAGCACAUCCCAGCCCCCCUCCCCUCCCCACGGUCCUUGCCAUGCUGCUGCCCCUGCUUCUCUGUCUCCUGCCGCCCCCCGGCGCCUGGGCGAGGGCCCGGGGCUCCCUGUCCAGAAAGUGCGGCCACCUGCAGUAUUGGCACCAGGAGGUCCAGGCCUGCGUCCCCUGUGAGAUCGGCUAUGCACACCUGGUCCCGCUGCGUGGGCAGGAGUUCACCGUGAACUGUGGCAUGAGGGACACAGGCGGCCGUUUCGCAACUCCCAGCCAGGCGUGUGCCCCCCGGUCCUUCAACAAUGGGCAAUUCCUGCUGUGCCAGCCCUGCUCCCAGUGCCCGCCCGGCACCCAGCUCAGCCCCUGCACCCCUCUGCAGGACACCCAGUGCUGCCCCCCCGGGCAGCGGUGGGGGCCGGCUGGCAGGUGCCAACCCCGGUGCUGCUUCCCUGACGAGCAGUGUCACCCCGAGGUCCGGGCUUACCUCGACUGCAGCAGCCCAGCGGAGGCUCCCGGCGCCGAGUCUUCUGCCUCCCCUAGGUCCCCCACUUGGCUUCCGCCUUCAGAGAUACCGGGACGCUCUGGCCAUGCCCCAGGCUCUGCUUUGGCCCCCACCUCUGGGACCCCUCAGGGCCCUGGAGGGCACGAAUCCCGCAGGGACACGGCAGGCUAUGGUGGGUAUGUCGCUCUUCUGAUGCUGCUGCUCGUGCUGCUGGCUGGGGCCUUUGCCCUCCUGGUCUGGACACAGCGUGGCCUAUGCCCCCACCAGGCCUCCAGCCCCAUGGCUAAGCCCCAUCGGCUGCUUCCCCCCCAGAGUACAGACAAGACAUCUGGCAACAUAGCACCCCCCGCUGGCCAUGCAGGCCUGUGGGGGGCACCGCUGCAGCACCUGCUGGACAACGUGGACGUGCUGGAGGAGCUGAUCAUGCUCCUGGACCCCGAGGGCAAGGCCGGGGGGGGGACCCGGCACCUGGCUGCGCGCUACGGCCUCUCGGCCACCUGGAUUGACUACGCCUAUUCCCUGCGCAGCACACGCAGCCCCCUGCGCGCCACCCUGGAGACCGUGGCUGCCCGCCAGCCCGAUGCCACGCUGGGGCAGCUGGCCGGGCUGCUGGCUGCCCUGGGGCGCAAGGAUGCCCUACAGGUGUUGGAAAGGGCGCAGGUGGGGGUGUGAGCUGCCUGCCUGGACUGACGCUCAGACCCCCCCGCCAACCACAGGAAGGAAACAAGCCAGGACCUCGUUCACGUUGCCCUCCGCUCUCUAGCUGCGCAGCCUCACUGCUACAGCCCCCCUCCCCAUGGCCCGGGGGAGGGAAGGGGGGCAGGCCACUGGGGUUCCCAUCUAUCCCCCUCGGCCAGAAUCACGGAGAGCACAGGACAGCUGGUUUUCCGCUGCUGGCCUCUUCCCGAGGGGGGCUAUGCACCAAGAACCAUCAAGGAGCGUCGUUACAGUGAAGGCCAGGACACCUCGGUUGCCAGGGGGCUGGGGGCAGCAUUUGCCCCCAUGCUAGAGGAGGGUUGAGGGGCAAGCAGCCAGAGGGGCUGCCCUCCCCAACUAGUCUCAGAGCCCAUGGUGCAGCCGGUCACAUCAAAGGCCAGCAGGAGGCGCCAAAGCCGCACUGAAGACCUUGACACCACCACCAAGCCCAGGAGACCGAGUCUGAUGCAGGCCAGGAGCGUUUGAGGCAGAGCAUCUGAGUAACUGCCACACUGCAGCAACCCAGGGGGACAGCUCGCCCAGCACAGAGAUGCAGCCACCUCCGGGAUGGGGCCAGCCCCUGCCAUGAACCUGGCCCGAGCAGCAGGCACAAGCCCUGAAGGUGUCUCGGGAGCCAGCGGACGCUGCCCAGUGGAACUCUGCCUGGAGGCGUGAGACGAGGGAGGAACGGAAAUAUGUCCCAGAGUCGCAGAGCACCCCCUCGGCCAGCAUCCUCCUCCUGGUGUCAGAGAUGGUGACUUUGGCCAGAGCCAGGUUGAGGCGGCUGGGGAAGCAGCAGGGAGCUGUGGCUGCCCCAGGCCUGAACCAGUGGAACAGAGGAGGCCCUGUUGCAGAGCAGGAGGGAGGAGCUGGGGCAGGCCUUUCCCAGCUGGGGGCAGUGUGCCCAGACCCCCCCUCAACCUCUGGGCAUCUCCACAAAGCCCAUUUCCUCCCCCCCCCGCAUGAGAGCGCCCCCCCUUCCCCAGGCACUUAUGCGAGGAAGAGCACAGCAUGUGAAAAUGACCAUUUAUUUAAAAUUAUACCAACGGGGCGGGGCCGGGGGGCACAGGGCCGACUCACCGCUUUAAAUAAAAAAGUGCAUAGAAAAUAAA